UACUGGCCAUUUUCUUCCUCAGAUUUAUAUAACUGGAAGAAUAAUAACCCACCCUUUUCUGAAGACCCCUCCUGCCUAACUGGACUCCUAGAGUCCGUCAUGUUUUCCCACCAGCCUACGUUGGACUAUUGCCAGCAACUUCUGGAGGUCCUUUUCACCACAGAAGAAAGGGAAUGCAUCCUCCUGGAAGCUAGGAAGUUGGUCCCUGGACCGGACGGGCGGCCAACUCAGCUCCCCAAUCUCAUUGAUGAGCACUUUCCCCUGCGGCGCCCAACGUGGAAUCUGAAUACUCCGGAAGGUAGGGAGCAUCUGUCCCUCUAUCGCCAGACUCUAAUGGCAGGUCUUCGUGCAGUGGCCAGAAGGCCCACUAAUUCGGCUAAGGUAGGCGAGGUUCUUCAAGGGCCUGAAGAGACCCCCUCUGCCUUUCUUGAGAGACUCAUGGAAGCAUAUAGAAGGUAUACACCCUUUGACCCACAGUCAGAGGAAUUGAGGGGAGCAGUGAGCAUGGCCUUUAUAGGGCAGUCUGCCACAGAUAUAUGGCAGAAGUUGCAAAGAUUAGAUGGGUUACAAGGGCUGAGCCUGAGGGACCUGGUUAAAGAGGCAGAAAAAGUCUAUUAUAAGCGGGAGACCGCGGAAGAAAAAGAGGCUUGGUUAGAAAAACAAAGAGAGGAAAAAGAAAAAGAGCAGCGAAAACGCCAAAAUCGGGAUCUAACACGGAUUCUUGCAGCCGCGGUAAGAGAUGGGCCGGGGCCACGGGGGCGAGGAGGAGGAGGUCGGGGAGCCCAUCCUCCUUUGGGACCAAAUCAAUGCACCUACUGCAAAGAGGAAGGUCAUUGGAUCAGAGAAUGCCCGAAGAAGCAGAAAGGGCAGGGCCGGCAGGUCCUCGCCCUUGGGGACUGAGGGAGUCAGGGUUCGGACCCCCUCCCUGAACUCCGGGUAAUGUUUGAAGUGGAGGGGAACCCAGUGGACUUUGAGGUGGACACGGGGGCAGUCUAUUCAGCCAUCAAGCAUCCACUAGGCCCUCUGUCUACCCGAAAGUCACUGGUCCAAGGAGCAAAUGGAAGCAGAGAGAGACCCUGGACCACCCAGAGAACAGUUAACUUGGGAAAAGGUACUGUGCAACAUUCUUUUCUGGUCUUACCUGACUGUCCGGCACCCCUAUUAGGCAGAGACCUCCUGACAAAACUGGGAGCUCAGAUC